CUGAAAAACCGGUAAACGGUCUGAAGAGGCAAAAUGCGACGGACCAACCCUACAUAACCACGAGUUUUAUCGUUAUUUUAAACUUUAAGUUACUGUUACAGUGGUGUGCAACAGCAAGGUCUGUGUACUUUAUCCUAGCUGAAGCUUAAGUUAUAUUUAUCUUCCAGGGGACUUUUAUCGUUGUCUGAAAUCCAUUAAUAGGCUAAGUGAACUUAACGUUACAACAUUAGCUGGUCGGAGGAAACACAAACUAAUACAAUUGAAACCAUUAAUAUAACGUUAGUCCUGUCUCUAGUUUGUUAUUUUGAUUUAUUUCUUCCUACCUGCACCGACAUGGCUACUAACCCACCAGGACAAGCCUUCCCGAACAAGGCACGGGUGGCGAUCCUGGCCGAGCUGGAGAAGGAGAGGAGGCGGCUGAUGCAGAAUCAGUCCAUGAGCACUCCUGGAGCCAGCAUCUCACUGUCCAGACCGAGUCUGAAGGAGUUCAGGGACAAUGCAGAACAGCAGCACAUCGCUGCCCAGCAAAAAGCUGCCCUGCAGCAUGCACACACACACUCGUCAGGCUUCUUCAUCACUCAAGACUCCUCGUUUGGGAACCUCAUCCUCCCUGUCCUUCCACGCCUGGAGCCUGAUUCUUGACCUUUUUUACCUCUCGUCCUCCUCCUGCGGUGUGAGACAAAGCUUCGAAACGACAUAUGUGCACAUCGGACCCAUGUCUCUCCCGGUUUCCUCUUUUAAUUCUGUUAUUAAUGGACAGUGGUUUGUUGUGUUGUAAACAAUCUCAGGGGAGCGAGACUAUCAUUUUUACAUUUCCCAGACUAACAUACUGGCUGCUAAAUUCUGGAAAGCUUUCAAGAGUCAGAAAACGCUUCCAGAUAGCUGUGAAACAUUCUGUCAAGUCGUCCAGGGGGUCUACAGAAAUACUAUAGACCUUUCUCGGCACCAAUCACAUCCAUAAUCCAUUAAAUGCACAUUUUGUCAGGAUUUUUACAUUUGUAGUGGAUUUGAAUAAUAAAAUAGUUGCAUUU